GGAAAUCUUUUGCAGGACUGCAUGAUUGCAUAGAAUCCUAUUAAAAUGACUGGAUUUCACAGAACAACAGUAAAUGUGGCUGCACCUUAAAAUCAGUGCAGACAUGAUUUGAACAUGGCUGUUUCUGUGACAGAGUUCUGUAUUUACUUCAGCUCCUUUGGCCAGGCAUGGCUUUAGGUGUAACCUCACUUAGCCACAGGAUUAUGUCCGUAAGCCUUUUAGAGGUAUAAGCCUGUGAUUGGUCAACUUUGACCAAAUGACUUGCUUUACUGUCUUGUGAACAUAGCUAGUCUCUUUUCCCCAAGAACAAAUUCUCCUAUCAGAUGUGUAUGGUCCAUUCUGCCUCUAGACCAGCUUCAGCUUUCAAGAUGCAUCUUCUUCAUUCUAAGGUGUAAAUGUGAGAUAUUGAAUCUCUGGAAGACAGGCUCUUUCAGGCAAAGGACGGUGGCCUACAGUUCCAGCAGACCCAGGCCUGGGGAAAUCAUUAACCAAAAACAAAGCACAACAGGACACUGACCUCAUCACUUAUUGCUGCAUUAUCACUGGCCGUCUGAGUUGGAGAGUGAGGCGGGCUUGGUUUGCGAGCGUCGCUCCGCAGAGCCGUCCGAUGACUAUCUGACUAUCUAUCACAACCCGCGAAUGACAGGCGUGCAUUCGAAGGUGGGGCCCGCCUCAGUCUCACAUGAUUGGCUGCUGGAUGGAAAUAAGGUGAAUGGAACACAUGCCCAAGGAGCAGGACCCAAACCAAUCAGAGGGAGAAGAGAAACGGUGGCUCGAUGGCCCGAAAAGGAAGAGAAAGAACAGCCAGUGUUCGGUGAAGAGCAUGUCUGGGUACAUCCCCAGCUAUCUGGAUAAGGAUGAGCCGUGUGUGGUGUGUGGAGACAAAGCUACCGGCUAUCACUACCGCUGCAUCACCUGCGAAGGCUGUAAGGGAUUCUUCAGGCGCACCAUCCAGAAGAACCUCCACCCCUCUUACUCCUGUAAGUACGAUGGCUGCUGCAUCAUCGACAAGAUCACCCGCAACCAGUGCCAGCUGUGCCGCUUCAAGAAAUGCCUCGCCGUGGGCAUGGCCAUGGAUCUGGUUCUGGACGACUCCAAGCGGGUUGCGAAGCGGCGCUUGAUUGAGGAGAACCGUGAGAAGCGGAAGAAGGAGGAGAUGGUCAAAUCCCUGAAGACUCGGCCAGAACCCACCAGCUCAGAGUGGGAGCUGAUCCGUAUGGUGACAGAAGCUCACCGCCACACCAAUGCACAGGGCUCUCACUGGAAACAGAAACGCAAGUUCCUGCCGGAGGACAUCGGACAGUCUCCGGUGGCCCUCACAUCAGAUGGGGACAAAGUGGAUUUGGAGGCCUUCAGCGAGUUUACCAAGAUCAUCACCCCAGCCAUCACACGUGUUGUUGACUUUGCCAAAAAACUGCCCAUGUUUUCGGAGCUGCCUUGUGAGGAUCAGAUCAUCUUGCUGAAGGGCUGCUGUAUGGAGAUUAUGUCCCUACGUGCUGCAGUUCGGUAUGACCCGGAAAGCGAGACCUUGACCCUGAAUGGAGAGAUGGCUGUCAAACGAGAGCAGCUAAAGAACGGAGGGCUGGGCGUUGUGUCUGAUGCCAUCUUUGACUUAGGCAAGAGUCUGGCACAGUUCAACCUGGAUGACACAGAGGUGGCCCUACUGCAGGCCGUACUGCUUAUGAGCUCAGAUCGAACAGGCUUGACAUGUGUGGAGAAGAUUGAGAAGUGCCAGGAGAUGUACCUUCUAGCCUUCGAACACUACAUCAACUAUCGCAAGCACAACAUUCCUCAUUUCUGGCCCAAGCUGCUGAUGAAGGUGACGGACCUGCGCAUGAUCGGAGCCUGCCACGCCAGCCGCUUCCUGCACAUGAAGGUGGAAUGCCCCACUGAACUCUUCCCCCCACUUUUCCUGGAGGUCUUCGAGGAUCAGGACGUGUGACGUCCCAGCGAGCCGCAGCAGGAGAAUCAACAACAUUUUGUAACCCGUUUUCCUCUACCCGUCUCACCCCCCUCCACGCACCAAACUCACCAGCAGCAGCUGCAUUGGCAGGGGUCAUCAAGGCUUUCAUAUGGGGGGUUUGAGUCGUCAACUUUU